AUGGCGGCCGUGGCACUCUUGAUGUUGGCAGCGGCUGCUGCGGCCAUGAAGACACACGACCUCACAAACCAGUCGGAUGCGGCAGCGAAGCUCAUCGCUCGCCGAAACAAUAUGACUUGCCAGGAGAUGAAUCGGCAAAGAGUUGAUGGUAUGAAAGACGACCUGGACCAAUCGCAUGGCUUUGAUGCCAUGUUCUACCGUGGCUGCCUCAAGUUUGUGAAGGCCAAUGGUGACGGCAAGCAUGGGGCUGCAGAGCAGACCGAAAAGCUUGGCGCUGCCUGCAAGAAGGGCACCUUUGAUGGUACGAACUCUGUCUUGACAAAGGUUGACCCAAGCAAACUGGCUGCUGAGUGUGACCGGGCUGUCCACCAGAUGGACAUCCAGCUGAACAUCUUGGGCGAAGAUUCUUUCAAAACCGAUGAGGACUUCUGCGCCGUUUUCGUUGACCUGGUUCUCCCAAUUGAUGAAGAACCCGAGUGCAUGAGAUUCGUGGAGGAUGUGAGUCAUGAACACCUGAAGUAUGCAGGAGUUCCGCACCAUUGGCCCAGGAUUGUCUAUGAGAAGCACUUCGAUGAGGCCUUCAUGACAGUUUGUUUGGAGGAUAAAAAGCUGGACGAGGAAGAGGAUGGAAGGGAGACAAUGUUUGGUGCUGGUGCCGAGGAGUGUCGCUUGAUCCUGGAGCGGAUCAUGGCUGCAAAGUGGGGUCACUACAAGCGCCUCUCCAGCUUCUUUGCCGUUGCCUGUCCUGUGAUGGGCCUGCCUCUUCCAGACCCCAGCGGAAAGACCUUUGACCCAAUGGCUGGUACGAAGCGCGCCAUGGCAGUGCAGAUGUUCCACCGGGCAUCGCACGUGGUGCUUGCAAAGCACGGGAACACCUCUGAAACGGCAAAGCUCUUUGCCAGCAAGCGCAAGCCUUUCAGCGCCUUGCAACUCGUGCAUGAACUCGACGAUCUGGAGACCAGCGUUUCAGCCAAAAGCCCACGCCGCCGGCGCCUCAAUGAGAACCAGAGAAGUUGUUGCAGUGGAAAGGCCUACAACUGGGAGUUGGGUGUUGCGGCUGGGGCUUCCAUCACUGUCUCGGGGUCUGUCAGCCUCGCAGCUGGUGGUUUCAAUGGUUGGCAAGACAAGACCUGCUACUUCAAGACCGCCAACGUUAAAGAAGUGUGCCUCAACUGGGAUUUUGGUUUUGACAUGGACGGUCCCUUGGAGGUGGAGGCCAGUGUUGCCCGUGGCUUUUUCAAGAGCUACAAUGACAUGCUGGGCGAUUCUGCCUAUGUGGGAGGAAGUGCUUGCUUCAUCCUUUGCGUGGGCGGUUCCGUCAUUACCAACCUGCAAGGGCAAUACAUUGGUGAAACCGUGGAGUUUGGUUUUGGAUUGCCAGGUGUUGAUUUUGAAGGAGGCGUUUGCAAAUGCAUGCCAACGGGAAACACAUAUGAGCGGAUCUUUCACAAUCUGCAGGACCACUGCCCAUCUGGAUGCUUCCCGGAAGAUGCAACGGUUGAGACGCCAGAUGGCAAGAAGAAGAUGCACCAGCUGCAAGUUGGCGACCGGGUCCUCGCAGUCAACGAUGCUGGGGAGGCUUUCUUUGACGAGAUCUACUUCUUUGGCCAUGCAGACUACAAAGCCAGGUCUCCUAUGGUGCAACUGCAGAUCCAGGAGUUGGGCUCAAAUUCUUCCUUGGAGCUGAAUCUUUCUCCAGAUCACUUUCUGCACAAAUGUCCCAAGCUGCAGCCGUGCCUUUGGAAAGAGGCGGAAGCGGCAUACGCAGCAUCUGUCCCCGAGGAAGCCUAUGUUUGGACUGCGAGUGCUGGCGCCACCGAGCUGAAGCUCGGCCGAGUGCUUUUGAACCGCAUGGUGCCGAAACAAGGUCUCUUCAAUCCAUACACGCUCUCCGGAAACAUCGUGGUGAAUGGUGUUGCAGCCAGCACACACAGCAGCUGGGUUCUGGAUCACUUUGUGCCAGAGGCUCUGACGAAGUAUUUGCCAGCGACCUACCAAUCGAUUUUUGUGGUUGGGCGUUGGAUCUACAGUGUCUUUGGUGCCCGCGCUGCUGACGUGAUCGGAGUGAACAACCCGCAGGAACAGACACCAUGGUCCGCAUAUGCAGUAGCCUUGAGUUCCAUUUUUGUUGCCAGCUCUCCUGUUGUAGUGGCUGUGUUUCUGAAAUCGCGUUCAGGCAAGCCCUGA